CUUCCUGAUUUGAAUAAAUAAUUGCCGUUCACGUAAAGGAAGAUUUACAAAGCUUUAUUUAGAGCUAAAGAAAUAUUCAAAUUAAUCUUGGGGGAUGGAAAUAGAAGUGGUUCAGAGCCCUAAAACUUCCCGAUCACAGAACAAACAGCAAUCUUUAACUCCAAGAAAGCCAUGUGCUGAGGUUUGUGUYAAUAAAAGAAAAAGAAAAAAUAGUUUACGAAAAAGAAUUGGUUCACCUUGGAAAGGAAGACUUCGUGAGAGAAAAACACCAGAAAAUAAAGCUCCUAGUAGUUGCCGUCAGAACUUAUUUGGUGUUGAAAAUCUCCAGAGUCUAAAUGUGAAAGAUUUCAAGAAAAAGUUAUCAACAAGGAGGAAAAGAAAAUUAGAUGAUAACAGAUUAAACACCAAGGACUCCAAAGAUAAGGAGCCUGAUUUCAAAAAAGCUUUCCAGAUUUCCAACGUUGUAAUGAGUGAGACAGUGGAAUCUCCGCCAACCACCAAGAAAAAGUURGGAGGCAAUUUUGUUCAGAGGUCGUUUAGUUUACGAGUUGGUGGAAGUAAAGACGAUAAAGAUGAAAGAUUUGCCAAGAAAUAUCGUAUUUUGCCAACCCCAAUCAAAAUUCGACCCAGUAAGUUAUGGAGAGAUACUGUCUCCAAAGGCCAUGUGCAGGAAAUGUCCCCGAUGCAACUCAAACGACAAGAGGCUAUGUUUGAACUGUCAACUGGCGAAGAAGGAGUCGUUUCUGAUUUGAAGAUGAUGAUUGAGGUGUAUUAUAAGCCAAUGUACAAGUUAAAACUGAUGAGCGAGUACGAAUUUCAGUUGAUAUUUGGUUGCGUGGAAACCUUGCUUAAACUCCACGAAGAGCUCAUUGCCAAGUUAAAAGAUGCGAUAAAAACAGAUGGAACCACUGAUUGUAUCGGUGAAAUUAUGCUGAACUGGUUUCCUCAAUUAAAAUGUUACACGCGGUACUGUGCAAAUCAAUUUGAAGCCAAAGCCGUUCUCGACGAAAAAAUGAAAAAUGAUGUUAACGUGCAAGACUUUCUUCAGAGAUGUCAAGAUUCUCCAUUUAGUAGAAGGCUGGACCUGUGGAGUUUUCUUGACUCUCCUCGUAGUCGUCUUGUAAARUAUCCUUUGAUGAUAAAAAGUAUCAUGAAACUCACUCCAAGGGAUCACCCAGAUAGAAAGCUCUUGGAAGACGCGAAAGCAUGUAUAGAAGAAAUCAUAGAAGAAGUGGAUAAAAAGACCGGAGAGGCUAAGUGCCAGUUUGUAUUGUCAAGAAUAGUCUUCCUUUAUGAUAACCCUUGUUCAGAACUUUAUCAGUCGAAAAGAAUGCUKUGUAGUGGAACCUUAAAAAAUAAACAUGGAACGAAACUUCAAGCUUUCCUCUUCGAAAAAGCAUUUCUUCUUACGCGGCCAGCAACUCGAGGAGGCCGGUCGAGUUACCAAGUGUUCACAGAGCCCAUUCUUACUGAAUAUUUACACGUUGAGGAUUUACCCGAUGGAGACGUCAGACUUGGAGGAUCAUUCAAGACCAAGAACGUUUUCAGAGUAUCAUGUACAGACCAGAAUAAUGGCCAGUCUCACACGCUGCAAGCCCCUAAUGACCACGAUAAACGACAGUGGCUUAGUGCUCUUCAAAGUAUUAUCACAGAUACACAGAACUAUAAAACAUACGUAUAACAUUAUUCAUAUAUUAUAGCAUUAAUGUACAUGACUAAUUACAAAUACUUCGUCCAUGAAAUAGAACUUUUGACAUYUAGGAAUUAAUUAAAAAAUACAAAAGAGUGUUCACCUUCAGUGGCCAUCAUUUGUUUUUUUUUAUAUAUAUUCCUAUAAAGUUCGAACUGUCUUGUUUCCGCCACCGCCGCCAUCUUGAAUGAUUUAAAAUUAUUGGAUAUUUAGGGCGACUAUCAGUGCUUCAAAUAUAUAUAAACAACAGAAUAGUUGAUUCGAGGGCAUCGUGCACUGGUAGUACCCCUUCGCGGUGGGCACUAACCCGUCACGUGGUCGCCUCUCGACCAAAGAGAUGGGUUCUUUUUAKAAAUGACAAUAGCAUUUAUUAAGAUGGCGAUCGUACUGCUUAUUUUUCAUCAUUGUUAAAGUAUCCCAUGCUCCACUUCAAUCGCGACUUAUGUGUUAACUACGACCAUGACAACGUGUCUUCAAUUUGGUGUGUUUGCUUGAAAAAUCCCAUUUAGGGUACUAUAUAGUAAUUUUGAAAACUUGUACAUAAAAUGUUUGAUAGCGACAGUUAAAAAGAAACUGUUAUUAAUAUGACAGCUGUAAAUACUGAGGUAGAAUAGUUAAAUAUUUACCCAUGACAAGUUCAACAUAAUGCAAAUCUAAUGCGGUCCAUACAAGUAGGUACUUUAACUUCUGCGAAAUUUUUAGAAUAUUAGCUAWCACGUGAUAUGACGUUAAGGAAUUCAGUUCGUCCAUAAGCCUCCAAGUUUAGUUAAAAGCUUUGUUAUACAUUUGACAAUUCUUUCCAAGUAAYGGCCUUUUUGCCUAGGAGGAGAACGUGCCUCAAUAUUUCGAGGGAAUUUUCUGAGAAAAUAAAGCGCUUAAAUAGAGAUGUCAGUAAAAUGGUAACACCUGCUCGAUAAGACAAAAAUAGCUCAUUUCUCUUGAAAAAGACGCGCAUCCCGCCUUAUAGAAAAUUUGAGCAUCGUUUUAUUUCAUCUCUGUURGCAUAGCAACAUGGAAUUGGGAAAGUUUAGGAGAUUMUUUGUAGGAAUUAAGGAUAACAUGCUCAUAGUUAAAAGAAGUGUUCAGAACUAAUCCGUUUAAGUGAUUUCCCUCUAAUGAACAAAACAAUCAUCUAAUCAAAAUAUAAUCAAAGUUGAAUGGGUGCAAAUCAUCGUGACCAUAACAUACGAUUCAAAUGAGCUCCAAUUUCUAGACGUUCUCCAGGAACUUCUUAUUUCAUGUUUGUAUCUGUGGUUGUAUCACUUGCACAAUGUCAAUAGUUGCGAGGUAUAUGGGAUCAGGGAUCAGAUAUUUUUUUUAAUUGGUCAAGAUCUCUUGGGAUCGGAAGUCUAAAAUGGGAUCACUCAGUUUCAGUCAUCAGAUUUAAUUGGUUCUAAUAAUCUAAUGAGAUCAGAAUUUUAUUUUGGGAUUUAGCAUCACUGACAAACCAUAUACAUUGCUACUACCGUGCAACAAUCUACUUCAAGGAUGCAUGUAUUUUAUUUUUAUGAGAAAUUAAAUGUUUCUAAUAAAUUGGACUUCUGUUUGA